AUUUUGUCCUUUCUGGUGUACCAUACUGUCCCAUAAUGCUUUGAUUUCGUCCAAACAAGGCACAGACGACACACAACUGGCGCUGCUGUGGAAAGCUGUAAGGUUUCUAGUGGAAACAAUCACGUUUAAUCACUCUCAACAGCCCUUGAUUUUAAAGAAUGACGGACCGCUACACCAUUCACAGCCAGCUGGAACAUUUGCAGUCGAAAUACAUCGGGACGGGUCAUGCAGACACUACAAAGUGGGAAUGGCUCGUGAACCAGCACCGGGACUCCUACUGCUCCUACAUGGGUCACUUUGAUCUGCUCAAUUACUUUUCCAUCGCCGAGAACGAGAGCAAAGCCAGGGUCCGGUUCAAUCUAAUGGAAAAGAUGCUGCAGCCCUGCGGCCCCCCCUCUGAUAAACCAGAUGAUAUGUAGAUGCAGGAACAUUAACAAUAAAUAUAUCUGUCAAGAGUGAAGUGACGUUAACAGUUAUUAACUAAGUUUAAACUGCAGAAAGAAAGAAAAUACGACAUGGGAAAAAGGCAAAUUUUACUAUGUGUAUUGAACUGUUUAAGUGCAUUAGUUUGACAUUAAUGAACAAUAUUCUUUGUAAUUAAAAAAAUGUGCCGUCUGGAUUAUACCAAUUUUAUAUUGCGUCGAAUUGGGCGUAAAUAUUGAUAAUAUUUUGACCAUCUCCAUUUGGCAUUUAUUAAUUAUCAAUAUCAAUAAAUUGUUUACAGAUUA